AGGUAAUUUCUACAAAAAUGAAGGGUAAGAUCGUAACCAAGAAUAAAAUACCAAACACAGGCCCAACCCAAAUCUUCUUUUAAUCCCCAAUGGGCGGACAGUUUCCUAGUCUCUGUCCUGUUUGGUCUUUUCAUAUCACUACUCCACCUUCGAGCUUGGAUUUUUUUGAUUUUUCUCUCUUGGAGAGUUGGACCUCUAGCGAGAGCUUUUUAUUUAUUUAUUUAUUUUUAUUUUGUCUCUCUCUCUGAAAUGGCAAUGGCGAUUUGAUCUCUGCUUCAAGAAAAGCAGUUUCUUGAUUAGAGUAAUUUUGGAAAAAAUCAGCGAAGAAGUUGUAGAGAAGAGCUGUGUCAGUUUUUUUUUUUGGUCAAACUGAAAGAAUUUUUGGUGAAGCUUCAUCUCUUUCGUCAGGGGUUUUGGUCUUCGGCCUUUGUUUGUAGAGGGGUCAAUAGCGGGGUCGGCCGUCGGUGUCGGUCUCUGUACCUUGAGAUUUACGUUUAUAUGAAGAGAAAUUGACGAAAUCUCUCUGCAUAAUCAAAGAAAUUGUGUGGCACAGUUUCUUGAUGCUAUUAUAGCAGAACUUCAAAUGAGGGGGGGAAAAAUGUUAUUCAUGCUCAUUAGUUCUCUUGCUGUGCGGCUUAUCCACUCUCUGGUUUUCUAUUUUGUUUGGAAGUUGAAUAGGACAUUGUGGAUGAAGCUGACUUUUGAUUUCACAUGAAGACAUGAUUGUGCCAUAAAUAAAAUGUAAUAUAGAAUAAUAGCCUUCUUUUGCUAUUAUAGGAGAGGAUUUCAAGAUUGGAUUAAAAAUAAUUGAUUGCUUGUUUCUCCUUGCUGUUAGUGCUGUUUACUUAUAAUAUUAUUGCGAGAAAGUUUCUAUCCGGACACUGCUGAAUUGUAUUGUAGGCAUAGUUUGACUCCAGCAGAAAGAACUGGAACAAAAGAUGAUGGAUUCUGUGAAACUAUCUUCCAUGACACCAAAAAAGAGUAGAUUGGCACGCACAGUUGCGAAAGUUCUUCAUCUUCGAGCUGCAACUGGGAUUGCUCCAGUUGAUGGUGUGCAAAAAGUCAAGUCCCAGGAAAAGGUCAAGGAUGAUAAGAAGAUAGGCAACAAGAGCACAGUCAGUCUGCGCCAAUCCUUCAAAAUCAGCAGUGAUGAGGAACACCAAAGGAGUUUGGCUAUGGAAGCUCUUCUUGCAAAACUGUUUGCCAGCAUUUCCUCUGUUAAAGCAGCAUAUGCUCAGCUACAGUGUGCUCAGUCUCCUUAUGACGUUGAUGGGAUCCAAGCAGCUGAUAAAUUGGUAGUUUCCGAGUUGAAGAAUUUAGCUGAGUUGAAGCAGUGUUAUAUUAAAAAACAGUUCGAUAAUUUGUCAGAGACUACUAUGCUGUUGGCUGAAGUUCAGGAGCAGAAGUGUGUUUCAAAGACCUAUGAAAUUAUGGGGAAGAAAUUGGAGUCUCAUUUGAGGCUCAAGGAUUCUGAGAUCAUAUAUCUUAAAGAAAAAUUGGAGGAAUCCAAUAGACAGAACCAGCUACUUGAGAAGAGAUUAAAUCAGAGUGGACAGCUGUCUAUGCCUGACAAUCUUCACCGAUCAGGUCUGAGUCCUAGUCAUUUCCUAGCAGUUGUUAGGUUUACAGUGAAGUCAAUCCGAAGCUUUGUCAAGUUGAUGAUUGAUCAGAUGAAAGCUACCGAUUGGAAUCUUGAAGCUGCAGCCAAUUCGAUUGUACCGGACGUGGUCUACUGGAGAGCUGAUGAUAAAUGCUUCGCGUUUGAAUGCUUUGUUUGCCGGGAAAUGUUUGAUGGUUUCAAUUUGCCAAACUUCUCCCUUCCAAGCGAUUCUUUACCAGAGAGAAAGAAUAAGCAACGUCACUUUUUCAGGAGAUUUACAGAACUAAAAUCUGUGAAAGCUAAGGAAUAUCUUGCAGAGUAUCCCAAGUCGACAUUCGCAAAAUUUUGCCGGGCCAAGUACUUGCAACUUGUUCAUCCCCAGAUGGAAACAUCAUUCUUUGGCAAUUUGAGCCAAAGAAGCAUCGUGAAUUCCAGUGAAUUCCCUGACACCAACUUCUUCACUUCAUUUGCUGAAAUGGCAAGGCGGGUGUGGCUACUACAUUGCUUGGCCUUUUCCUUCGAGCCAGAGGCCUCAAUCUUUCAAGUACGCAGGGGAUGCCGUUUUUCUGAAGUUUACAUGGAAUGUGUAUCAGAGGAUGCACUGCUUUCGUCCGAAAAUGCACUAGAGGUUGACCCACCAGUUGCAUUCACUGUAAUUCCAGGCUUUAGGAUUGGUAAAACUAUUAUACAGUGCCAGGUCUACCUCUCUCAAAUGCAAAGCAGGAUAAAUCGGUGAUCUUUCAAUUCAUGGAUAACAGAGGACGAAGAAUAAUGAAUCAAACCGGAGGCCAUAGUCAUGAUUCUUCACGGGUAAGAGUCAGUUGGGGCUAGUGAGUAGCCUGAUAGCUUUGUGUUCCUUG